AUGCCCAAAAAAACAGAAAGAAAGAACACCAACCGUGGCCGUUCAGCGUCGCCUAUAUCUGAUAAAUUACCAAAAAAAAAGCAAAACACACAACAAACUGCAGAUAACGACCUCUCUCUUACUUAUGUUAAGGAACCUCUUGUUACC